GAGAGCAGAGCAAAGCGCUCGGCGGAGCCCGGAGCUGCACUGUGCGCGGAGCCCGCCGAAGCCCUGCGAGCCGAGCCGAGAGGAGGCAGCGCCGCUGAGUCGGCCACCGCACGCUGACCGGGCGCUCCUUGCCGCCGCAACCAGGACCCUUGGGACGCCGGGCUCGUCCUGUGCGUCCCCCGCCAUGCGUGCCGGGCUCCGCAGCUUUCCGGAGCAGCCCAAGCGAGGAGGGUACGGGAGCCCAGGCCGAGGCGCGUCUCGCUGAAGUAGUUGGGUGGCCGGGGCAAGGGGUCGCCACGUCCGGGGUGCGACCGGGACCCGCGGAGUUGGCCCCCGAGCGCGGGGAGCGGGGCCACCCGCGCCGCCUCACCAUUACCUCCCCAGGAGGCAAGGAGGAGCUGGUGGCGGUCGCCUCCCGGCUGUGGCAGCGGCGGCGGCGCGCCUGCUUGGCGGCCGUCGGCGUGCUCCUGGCCAUGGCGCUCGGGCUGCUCAUCGCCCUGCCUCUGCUGCUGCAGGCGGCGCCGCCCGGCGCGGCGCACUACGAGAUGAUGGGCACCUGCCGCAUGAUCUGCGACCCCUACAGCGCCACACCCGGCGGGGGCCCAGCGGGAGCCAAGGCCCCACCGCCCGGACCCAGCACAGCGGCCCUGGAAGUCAUGCAGGACCUUAAUGCCAACCCUCCGCCUCCCUUCAUCCAGGGACCCAAAGGCGACCCGGGGAGGCCGGGCAAACCAGGGCCGCGGGGUCCCCCUGGAGAGCCAGGGCCACCUGGACCCAGGGGUCCCCCGGGAGAGAAGGGCGACUCGGGGCGGCCGGGGCUCCCCGGGCUGCAGCUGACGACGGGAGCGGCUGGUGGCGUCGGAGUGAUAGGCGGCGGAACCGGGGGCGGUGGCGACUCUGAGGGCGAGGUGACCAGCGCGCUGAGCGCCGCCUUCAGCGGCCCCAAGAUAGCCUUCUACGUGGGACUCAAGAGCCCUCACGAAGGCUACGAGGUGCUCAAGUUCGACGACGUGGUCACCAAUCUCGGCAACCAUUACGAUCCCACCACAGGCAAGUUCAGCUGCCAGGUGCGCGGCAUCUACUUCUUCACCUACCACAUCCUUAUGCGCGGCGGCGACGGCACCAGCAUGUGGGCAGACCUCUGCAAGAAUGGGCAGGUUCGCGCCAGCGCCAUUGCGCAGGACGCUGACCAGAACUACGACUAUGCGAGUAACAGCGUGGUGUUGCACCUGGACUCGGGGGACGAGGUGUACGUGAAGCUCGACGGUGGGAAAGCGCACGGAGGCAAUAACAACAAGUACAGCACGUUCUCGGGCUUUCUUCUGUACCCGGACUAGGGGAGCAGAGGGCGCGAGGGGGGGGGCGGCUUCAGGCUGCUCCGUCGCCUCUGGGGCGCACGGCUAUUUGCUUCUUGACACUUCCUGACAUCUUGGUUGGAAAAGACACGUCCCGCUGUUCUCCAUGCCCCGCCCCCAGCCUCUGUGUUUGCUUUCACCAUGCUGCCUCGGGUCCCUGUGCCAGGCCCAGGGAGGAGAGAGGGAUGCCCAAGUAGCGAGCUGAGUGCGAACCCCAGUCCUGGGGGCCAGAGCCGCCAUAGUGGGCAGACUGCAAAUCCUGUUGGACUCGAUGGACUGUUGGAGAGCCUUUCCUCUUCCAGAUCCCCUCUUCCAUCUUCUCCCCUCUCCCUUCUUCUCCUCCUCCUUCCUCUCCUCCUCCCGGUAUCCCAGGCCAAGUGUCCCAGCCCUAUAGCCAGGGGAGAUGGGCCAAUGAAAAUACCAAUUCCCUGGGGCACCAGCACCCUUCUUUGUGACCUGAAAUACUCGUGUAGAUUUUCCUGUCCAUCUCCCAAAAUCCCCACCCGCAGCAGAAUUCCAGCAUAGGGAAAUUUCAUCUUUCCACACUGCACUCCCUUCUGACCCAGACCCACUGCGCCGCAUUAAAUUAUGUUUUUAGACCAUGGGCUCCCUUGUCUUUGUCAGUAUGGCCCCUAACCUGAAACUUCAGGCAUCCACCGUGACGUAGAUCCCAAACCAGGGCCCAGUAACCUCAUCUGUGCCCUGAUCUCUGGCCACUGCCUCGUUCCCACAGCCUGAGAUGGGUGAAAAAAUGUGGGAAGGUGGGGAGUGUGUACCUCCCCUUUCCCUAAGAUCCACUGCUACACUGAAGCCCUGCCUUGGAGGGGAAGGAAGGCAGAAGGCAGGAGAGGAGAGUUAGGUCUUCAGUCUCAGGCAAUCAGGGCAACUUUGUCCUCUUGGCAUUUGGGAGGAGUCCAAAGGGAGGAUCCUCUGGGAAAGGAUGGGGACAGGGGCCUCCACACAAUAGGAGGUCCUGGUCACUGGGGACCUGUGAACUUUUAGACUCUAAGAGGGACAAGCAAAGCCCCCAGCAGACUCCCACAUCCUCAGCCCAGGCCCAUGUACCUGCAUCUCCAUGAUGUCUACAGUUCUGAAAUGAACUGGUAAGCUGAGGCAGUUCUGUGAAUCAUCCAGGUCCCGGCAUUGAGCCAGUAUUGUGGUGAGAAGGACAUUGUCCCCUCAAAAGGGGGAAGUCUUGGGGCUUUCUCUUCCUGUGGGCACAAUGGCCUGGUGUCCCUAUCUGUUCUCUCCCUUCAGAAUUCCUACCUGUUAGUUAGAGUGUUUCACAUAGCCUCAAUAUUUUCGUGUUCUGUUUUUGUUGUUAGAACACUGAGUUCUAAUAAGCAGUGAAUUUCUAUGCAGCAUCCAGUUACCAAAUCUUUCAGGCUGGGCUCCAAUUUUCCAUCCUGUCUCAGCCUCCCAGA